CCAAGCACAACGCCAACGCCUCUUCCCCUUAGGGCUCCACCAGCCGCCGGCUGUCCCGAAGUGUUCCGCUCUGGCUCUGCUGCCGCCGACGGCCGGAGCAGUCCCCCAAGUCAGGAUCCGACGACUCGGGGGAGCAGAAGGAAGAAAAUCCAACUGCGCCCACCCUGAACGGGGAGAGAGGACGAGGUGCCCUAUGAGCGCGAUUCACAAUUGUCUGAUGCGUGGAAGAAUCAGCUUCAGAUGGAUCGAGGAGAUGGCCUGAGCUGGGGUGGCGCACAGCGCACGGGGAACAGGUACGCAACCCUAGCAACUCCUGGAAGCGAAGGUAGGAGGGCGGAGGUGCGUGGGGGAAGCUCGGCGGAAGCCGAGCGAACAGCGAAGGCGCAAAUGCAGUCCAAGAUCAAACGCAGAAACACACAAGGGAUCACCUACUUCGGUCUCGUAUGGAAGAAAAGCAAGAGCGACACAAAUGCUAUCAGUGCUGACGAUGUUAUCCUUGGAAGCAAGGAUGGUGUUGGUUCGUCCAUGAAACCAAUCUGCUGUCUCUGCCGCAAGCGAUAUUCCCCAGACCUGAUGUACAUCCGGUGUGAGAGGUGCAGAAAUUGGUUCCAUGGAGAUGCCUUGAGACUAGAGGAGGCAAGGAUUGCUGAAGUCAUAUCGUACAGAUGCUGCAGAUGUCGGAGGAGGGCAAUACCGGGAUGUCCUCAUUCAGAUGAUUAUUAUCAUAAGAGGCCUGAACCAGAACCUGUCAUCCAAGAAAGUGCAGCUAAUAUUCCCUCAAGCGAGGAAGCUAUUAGCGCAGCAGAUGAAAAUCCAUCAUGUGCUUCAUUUGGUAGAUUCGAACACACUGUAGAAGAGAUUCAUGCUGAUUCCUCGGUGCACAUGGAAACCUUUGUCCCGGGAAGUAAUCAAGAGAUGAACUUUGUGGAUGGUUCUUACAAUUCAGCACAUUCAUUCGAUAAGAUAGAAAUUAAGCAGGUUAUGAAGGACGCUCAACCAUAUGAUGCAUGCUUUGCAUGGUAUACGCCUGGUAGCGGUACCUGCCAGCAGUUGGACCCUAUGGAUCCUGUGGAUGAUGUCCCCCUGCCAGUUCCCACAGUGGAGACCAAUUUUGAGAAAGACCAAACUGCUGCACUUCACAGAGCUUAUGGUGGUUUUCGGGUUGUUGCUGCGGAGAGUGGCUCAUUAUAUGAGCGGAUUAGACAGGGGGACUAUCUCACCAAUGAUGAGAUCAUGGGGACCUUGGACAAGCUUCAGAAAAUUGCUCUACACCAAAUGAAGGAUAUUGCCAGCCAUGGCAUAGUCUACUCCGAGGUCCCGACACAAUCAAUGCACAACGCAAGCACCUCCACCACCUGGCCAUCUGAUCACCAGAGUAGCCUCUAAGACUCCAGCACCAGAUGUGAUUGCUACAACAUCAUAAUUAACUGUGCUAUCAAAUUGCGUGUGGUUGAGGCAUUGUAAUUUGGACUCCAGGAAGAUUCACCUCAACAGCAUGAUAUUUUUUCUCGAAGCGGCUCAAUACUAUGAUUUAAGCUAUUCGGAUGUCUUGUUUUUUUAGGUGAUCCCUCAUCGACGCAGCUUGUUCCUUGGGGUUAUACUUAAAGCAACAAAGCUGGUUUUUGUGACGAGGCUGUUAAGAAACAUUUCUUAUACUGACGCUGCAUAACCCUAGCAGCCCAUGGCAAUAUACCCUGUUUUGAGUUUCUGUCACGGAUGUCUAAUUAUUCCUGGCUGUACCGUGUUGCUGCUGCAUGUGGCACUGUCACCACUGACCAGCAGUUAAGGAGUAUAUCUUUUUGUUUCUUGCAAAAAAGUUAAGGAGUAUACUUUUCUUCUUGAAAUUUUUGAAGCAGUAGUACAUCUUUGGCCUUUAUGACCAUGAUUGCUGAAA